AUGAGUAUUUUAAUUCAUUUGACAAUUGGCUCCUCAUUACCAGUUUGUAAGCAAGGUGAGAACUGCAUGCUCCCGGACUGUUUUUGCAGCACAUUUAAGCAUCCGCUUGACCUAAAGACGAUUCCACAGAUGGUUUACUUUGGGUUCGACAAAGGUGCAAAAGCUGGCGCGGAAGCUUACUACAAUAGGUUAUUUCGACAUGAACGUAAAAACCCCAAUGAUUGUCCAAUCAGUUUGACUUUGUUUGUUUCUGACGCUAACAAGAAUUUUGAUCUGAUAACGGAGUAUUACAACCGAGGCUUUGAAAUUGCGAUUUUAAGUUCGAGUCACCACGUUAGCUACACGGUAGAAAGACUUAAAGCGGAAGCAAAAACACGUCGAUAUGACAUAACAAGCUUUUCAAAUAUCACUGGAGACAAAAUCCGUGGAUGGAAAAGUACCCGUCAGCAGUCAGUACGAGAUGCGCAGAUAGAAGCUUUACGAAGUAACAACUUAACCUAUGACGUGUCUUUCCCUUAUACAAGAAAAAAAAUGACAGAUUUAAAUCCAUGGCCUUUUACAUUGGAUUAUGGAUGGACAUUGCCUUGUGAAAUACAACCGUGUCCGACCGAGAAACAUCCGGGCUUUUGGGUAGUACCUGUGAACGCCAUGAGAGAUUAUGGUGACUGGGGAGCUUGUAGAUACUUUGAUUCCUGUGUUAACAAACCAUUAACUGUAAAUCAAACAUAUACAUACAUAAUGGAUAAUUUCCGUAGUCAUUACCAUGGCAAUAGAGCACCAUUUGGUAUUCACAUGCACGAGGCAUUGUUCUCGGAAUCGGCUGAACAUAUAGAAGCGAUGGACCUGGCUAUACAAGAUUUGUUGAGAUAUGACGAUGUGUAUAUUGUUGAUGUCAAUCAGGUAAUUGAAUGGAUGAAUGAACCUACAGAGCUACAGUUUAUCAGGAGUUUUAAACCAUGGAGUUGUACUUCACAAUCUGUUAGUGCUAUAACACUACCUGGCAUAUUGAUUUUCAGCAUCGCUAUAUUGUGUAUUUUUGUUUACAUUAGAGUUAUGACUAAACUAUCUGGGUAG